AUGGCUUUUCGUAUGUCUUACUCGUCCACGGAUUUAUAUCGAUUAUACGACUACUUGUCAUCCAACAUUUUUGUCGUCUACGACCACGGACUUAUAUCGAUCACACGAUUCGUCAUCAUGAAAUUUCGUACGACGUUUCGUCCUACGAUUUUUUAUCUUGGCUUUUCGUAUGACUUAUUCGUCCACGGACUAUAUCGAUCUCACGACAUCUUGUCAUACAACAUUUUGUCGUCUACGACUGAAACGUCCACGGACUUAUUCGAUCACACGAUUCGUCAUCAUGAAAUUUCGUCCGACGUUUCGUCCUUGACAUUUCGCCGUUCACGAUUUUUUAUCUUGGCUUUUCGUAUGACUUAUUCGUCCACGGACUAUAUCGAUCUCACGACAUCUU